AUGCCCGUCGAUAGGAGAAAGAUUUGGGUCUUCGGAGGUGCCUUUGUUCUCCGACUGCUCCUAAUCCUCGUGUUCCCUGGCCUUCCUAAUCUCCUCACCCGUCGAGUUGAAGUUUCGACUCCUGUGAGCAGCUUCAAGAGGUUGCAAGAGGGCCUUUUUCUUUACAAUCGCGAUGUAUCUCCUUACGACGGCGGCGUUUUCCACCAGGCCCCAAUUCUACUCCCAAUCCUUUCGCUAUUGUCAGAAGCUUAUGAACACCAAUUAAUCACUGGGCUGGUGUACAUAUUCUUUGAUCUUUUAAACGCCAAUGCCUUAAGCAGUAUUUCCAACUCCGGAGAGGCAGUUGUGUCAAGGUUAUACACUUCUCCGCGAAAAAAUAUACGAUGGGAUGGCACAGCUAUCGCUGCUAGCUAUCUUUUCAACCCGUUCACAAUUGCUUCAUGUCUUGGCCGAUCAUCGAACAUCUUCACCAAUUCCGCCAUCAUAUUAUCAGUGUCAAAUGCGAUUGCUGGUAGUAGCUUCAACUCUAUGAUCGCAUUGGGAUUGGCCUCUUAUAUGUCUCUCUAUCCAGCUCUGCUCUUCCCACCUAUUGUUCUACUUUCUUAUGACCGAUACUUCGUUAACGGAACAUCCAAAAGGGGAAUUCUGACGUUUAUCCUGCGACAGUUUCUAAUCCUGGCCGGCAGCAUUGUGACUCUCUUAUAUGUUUCAUACCAUAUUGUGGGCCGAUCGUGGAGUUUCAUUCCCGCAACGUAUGGCGUGCAGCUUCUUGUUCCAGAUCUGACGCCAAAUGUUGGGCUCUGGUGGUAUUUCCUCAUCGAAAUAUUUGACCCGUUCCGGGAGUUCUUUUUAGGAGUCUUCUGGUUACACCUAGCUGCAUACGUUGGCGGACUGACAAUACGUAUUCGCCGCCAGCCGUUAUUUGUCAUCACUUCGCUCUUUGGGAUAUUCGCCAUAUUUAAGCCAUACCCCAGCAUUUCCGAUGUUUCUAUAUAUUUUGCGUUCUUACCCUUGUACCGACAUGUUUUUCCUCUUAUGCGAUACACUUUUUUCGCUGUAUCUGCAUUAUUCUAUGCAAGUCUUUUAGGACCCAUAUUCCAUCAUCUGUGGAUUUAUGCCGGCUCAGGAAAUGCAAACUUUUUCUAUGCAAUCACGCUUGUUUGGAGUUUGGGCUUGUCAAUAAUUGUCACGGAUUCCCUGUUCGCUGUGCUGAGAGAUGAAUGGGAAAAGGAGAGGCCAGAAAUGAAAGGUAAAAUAGCUGGGCAGAUCUAG